GUGUGUUUGACUUGGAAUCUUCCCUUUUUUACUCCACUCAAUUGACUUAGCAGGGUUUCAAGAGCAGCGUUCAUAAAUUUUCAGAAUGGAGAUCUCCUCUCACCAGUCCCACCUCCUGCAGCAACUGAAUGAGCAGCGCAGGCAAGAUGUCUUUUGUGAUUGCAGCAUUCUGGUUGAAGGGAAGGUCUUCAAAGCGCAUCGAAACGUAUUAUUUGCUAGCAGUGGCUACUUCAAAAUGCUCCUUUCUCAGAAUUCAAAGGAGACAAGUCAGCCAACCACAGCUACAUUUCAGGCCUUCUCCCCGGACACUUUUACAGUUAUCCUGGACUUCGUCUAUUCCGGCAAACUCUCUCUCACUGGUCAGAACGUCAUAGAAGUGAUGUCAGCCGCUAGCUUCCUUCAGAUGACUGAUGUCAUUAGUGUAUGUAAGACCUUUAUUAAAUCUUCGCUAGACAUUAGUGAGAAAGAAAAAGAUCGCUAUUUCAGUCUCUCCGAUAAAGAUGCCAAUUCUAAUGGUAUAGAACGUUCCUCCUUUUAUAGCAGUGGCUGGCAAGAAGAAAGCAGUUCUCCGCAUUCUCACCUAAGCUCAGAUCAAGGAACAGGUAUAAUAAGUGGAAAAUCUUGGAGUAAGUAUAAUUACCAUCCAGCCUCCCAACGGAAUACUCAACAGCCUUUGACCAAGCAUGAACAAAGGAAAGAUUCCAUUAAAAAGUCCAAACAUUUGAGGUUGUCACAGCCUUCUGAAGUUGCCCCUUACAAGUCAAGCAAACGAGAAGCACGAACAUCAGAUUCUUCCAGCCACAUUUCCCAAUCUGAAGAACAAGCACAAAUUGAUGCUGACAUGGACUCUACUCCUGCUGGCUAUCCGUAUGGUCCAGGAUCUGAUGUCACAUCCAGAAGCUUUCCAGAUGAUCUGCCCCGGAUGCGGUUCAAGUGCCCAUACUGCACACACGUGGUGAAGCGGAAGGCGGACCUGAAGCGUCACCUUCGCUGCCACACGGGAGAAAGGCCCUAUCCCUGUCAAGCCUGUGGGAAAAGAUUUAGCAGGCUGGACCACCUCAGUAGCCAUUUCCGAACAAUUCACCAGGCAUGCAAAUUAAUCUGCAGAAAAUGCAAACGCCACGUGACUGAUCUAACAGGGCAAGUGGUCCAGGAAGGAACCAGGCGCUACAGACUCUGUAAUGAGUGCCUCGCUGAAGUGGGCAUAGACAGCCUCCCCAUUGAUUUGGAAGCUGAACAGCAUCUUAUGUCCCCAUCAGAUGGAGAUAAGGAUUCCAGAUGGCACUUGAGUGAAGAUGAGAAUAGAUCAUACGUGGAGAUUGUAGAGGAUGGGUCUGCUGAUCUGGUCAUACAACAGGUUGAUGAUAGUGAAGAAGAAGAAGAGAAGGAGAUAAAGCCCAACAUUAGGUAGCUAACAUGUGAACCAACAGAGCUGGCAUGUCUGCAACUUAUGCUGACUUCCUGUAUCUCUCUCUUUCCAUGGUCAGAGUCUGGCUCACAAAGGCAUCAGACUGACUUAAAAGUGAUGACCUAAUAUA